GCUAGGCGUGGACCGCGCAUACCCCUUAUGCUACAGCAUACGAGAAAUGCCCUCGGUUGGGCCACCUCCGCGAUUGCAAGUAAAAGCUUUCGCGUGUGGUUCAGUAGCUCGGCAUGGAUACGCCCACCCAAGGGAUGGUGACAGCUCCCGCGGGUGGAGAUCAGCAGUGCCAAGUCAUAGUGCCACGUCAGCAGUGCCACGUCACAAUGCCAGAUCAGCAGUGCCACGUCAGCAGUGCCAGGUCACAUUGCCACGUCAGCAGUGCCAGGUCACAUUGCCACGUCAGCAGUGCCAGGUCACAUUGCCACGUCAGCAGUGCCACGUCAGCAGUACCACGUCAGACACAGUGCCACGUAGCAGUGCCACAUCAGCAGUGCCACGUAAGCAGCAGUGCCACGUCGGCAACAUGACGGGCCUGCCAGGCCAACUGGCCAAUGAGACCAUUGCCGCCUACAAGCAGUGUUGCCUGGCUCAGAUAGAGGCUGAGGAACAACGCCUGCUGGCAAUCGAGGCUGCCCGCGUACAGGCUGAAGAGGCAGCAGCAGCAGAGAAGCUGCGGCUACAGGCCGAUGCAGACGCAGAUGCCCAGGCUCGCCGCAAGGAAGCCCAGGAUCUGCUGCAGCGGCAUGAAGCCAACAGCAUCGACAGACUCAAGUACUGGCAUUUUAAACCGAACGGUGACGAGGCAACACCGGAAGAGAAGCACACGGAGUUCCUCUCCAAACUCGUGACGCGGUUGUUGUAUGCUUGCAACUACCAAMGGUCAGAGUUGGAGAGACAGUACCGGGACCUGACGCAACAGCAUCAGGAGUUGGCGACACUCCGCCGCACAGUGCAGAGCCACGAGGAUGCAACUCGGGCACUCAAUGCCCGAUUGUUGGACCUGGAACAAGCUGUACCAGGACCAGCUCCCGAAGCUUCCAGCAGUGCACCCUCAAGCCGCCAACUGGAGGACCGCGUUGACCACGUAGUGGCAAUGCUCGGCGACAUCAGCACCUUCGCUGCGCCGAGCACCACCAUCAGGAGUCAGCUGCAUACAUUGAAGACCGAGGUCCAGAAGCUGCAGUCGACGAACGCGGACGACAAUCCGAAGAUGUACAAGAUGCCAACUUUCAACCUGGAGAGGUUCGACGACUACACGCAGCAGGAUCAUGUCCUCUGGUGGGAAGCAUUCACAACGCAACUCAGAAUUCUGCCAGUAGCCAAGCAUGCGUACAUCGGCGCCCUGUUCCUGAACUCAAAGGGCGGAUGCCAGACCUGGUUGAGCCACCUGGCAACCUCCCACGGCAUCGACGUACCAGACUUCAAGGACGUAAUCACAUGGGAGGAACUGACACGGCUGUGGAAGAAGCCGUUCAUUGUCGACGACGCGCCGGCACUCGCCAUCAACCGUUUGUUCACCAUGUCACAGGGCAACACAGCAACACGGGACUGGCUCACGGAGUGGCAAAAGAUUGCGGCUGUGCCCAAUCUGAACCUACCAUUCGAGCAUCUACGCCGUGAGUUCUACCACAGGUCCUGUGCGGCAUUGAGCCAGCCGGAGUCUGGACGAGCAUGUGGAACACCUGCGCACCGUUUUGGAGCGGCUAUGACAGGCCAAGUACAAGCACACCGCGACAAGUGCGAGUUCGCACAGCAGGAGCUGGAGUACUUGGGACACUAUGUGACGCCGCAAGGCAUCCGUCCGCUUGCGGACAAGAUCGAGGCCCUACGAGUAUGGCCCGAGCCCACCAACACCAUGGACGUUCGUUCAUUCAUGGGGUUGGCGGGCUACUAUCAGCGAUUCAUCACCGGAUACUCCAGGAUUGCUGCACCUAUGACGAUGUUACAGUCGCCAAAGGUGCCAUUCGUAUUCGAUAACGACGCACGCCAGUCAUUCCAAGCACUUAAGACGGCUAUGCUCAUGGCACCCGUCCUUAGCAUCUAUGACCCCACCCUGCCGACGCGAGUGACUACGGACGCUUCCGACUAUGGCAUUGGGGCAGUCUUGGAACAGCACGACGGCGACGACGGGCACCCUGUGGAGUAUUUCAGCCACAAAGUGCCUCCCAUCAACUCGCUUGAUGAUGCAAGGAAGAAGGAGCUGCUUGCAUUCGUGAUGGCUCUCAAACGCUGGCGGCACUUCCUCCUUGGGCGUCGUAGGUUCACAUGGAUCACAGACAACAAUCCAUUGACCUAMUACAAGACGCAGGACACGKYGAGCAGCACGAUCGGACGAUGGAUGUACUUCAUCGACCAAUUUGACUUCACACCAAAGCAUGUCCCCGGCCUCUCCAAUCGCGCAGCAGAUGCACUCUCGCGAAGACCUGAUCUUUGCGCUAUGACACAUCAUGCCUUCGCAUUCGACGAGGAGCUUCAGCGACACUUCAUCCGGGCAUAUCAGUCUGAUCCGAACUUCGGCACGCUCUAUGCACAGCUAUCUUCGGAUC